AUGUCGUCUAACAAGCGGGGCAACAUUUUCGGCCAGGGCAGGCCUGAGCGCCCGUAUGAUGAACGCGACGAGCCUGCUGAUGUUCCUCAAAAGGCGACGGCUGCACAGUUGGCUGCACGCAAAAUCAAGACCGCCAAAGCUCGACGACCAGCCGGCGCCUCCCCCAACUUAGCACAGAGCGCGAACUUUGGCGCAGCACCGUCGAACAACUUCAACUUCGGCGCCUCUGCGCCCGCCCCCGCGAGCAAUGGCGCGAAUAGCUUCGGCGGUUUUGGAGCAGGCGGCGCUUUCGGUGGUAGCACCACCAGCAGUUUCCCGCCCGCCCAACCCGCGGCCCCAAGCAACACCUUUAGCAACUCUUCCUUCCCUGCCUUCGGCGCGAGUAACGAGAGCUCGGCUUUCCAACCGCCGUCAUCCUCGGGCUUCAACUUCACUGCGGGAGGCGCCAACCCCAUAUCCAACCCUUUCACAAAUGCAAACUCUGCCCCCGCGACCAAUGGCAGCACACCAGCGCCGGCGUUUGGCGGGUCCUCCAUAUUCAACAGCGCCCCAUCGCAAAGCAAUCCAUUUGGCGGGCUAAGCCAGCCCAACACUACAAGUUCGGCGUCCUCAGGUGGCAUGUUCGGUACUUCCAGCACAGCACCGGGCGGAAUGUUUGGUGCCUCAAGUGCAGCGCCUUCAAGUAACAGCAUGUUUGGAGCUUCGAGUGCAGCACCUUCAGGUGGUGGCAUGUUCGGCACUUCUAGUGCUACAACUUCAGGUGGAAUGUUCGGAGCUUCCAGUGGUGCACCUUCAGGGGGCAUGUUUGGGGCUUCGAGCGCUGCUCCUUCAGGCAGCAUGUUCGGUACCACUAGUGGUACUUCCAACGCCACGAGCACGCCUGCCCCAGCAACGACGCCCUUCACCUUCGGGGCUGUCAGUACGUCUGCCCAAAACACCGAGAGCACUCCAGCAACGAGUGGCUUCUUCGGUAAGCCCGCACAGUCGCUAGCGCCAGCAGCAGCGAAUAGCAUAUUUUCCGGCUUCGGUGCAAGUACUCAACAGAGUGAAACCCCCAAGGCCCCCGCUGCACCACAGAACAUGUUUAGUGGCUUUGGUUCAAACGCUCAGAAGAGCGAGAGUAGCAUAGAGACUCCCAAACAAAACAAGUUAUUCGGGGAGAUUGGUACAGGCGCCCAAGGCACGCCAAAUGGAACGAGCACACCCGCGACGGGCCUGUUCAACUUCACCGCGUCCACACCAAAGGCAGACAAUGCGAUCUCAACUCCAUCCUCUAGCAAUCCGUUUGCGUCCCUCCCGGCCCCAGCAACCCCGUCAACACCCUUUAGCGGAUUUGGCGCGACGUCGAACACGCCUCAAGCACAGGAGAAGGAACCAGCCACUUCAACGAACCUAUUUGGCAGUCUCAAGACACCCAAGGCAUCUGACAGCACUGAGGCACCUAAGUCGAACCCAUUCGGGGGACUUGCUCAGCCAUCGUCGACACCAGCAGUCAGCAGUUCGAGCUUCGGUCUUUUUGGGACAACACAAGACAAGCAGGAUGCAGGUGCCGCAACAGCGAAGGCUCCAGAGGCACCAAAGUCAACCCUCUUCCAGCCCUUCAGUACACCACAACCUGCAAAGAAGGCCGAGACAGAGAAGUCGCAGGGUGGGAUGUUCAGUGCUGCUCAGCCCAAGACCAGCUCAGGCAUGUUCUCGCAGUCAUUCCAGCCGGAGACCAACAACUCGAGCGACUUGUUCCAGAAGCCCCAGUCAAGUUUUCCAUCCUUUACACCGACAAACACUUCAUCGACAGAAGCGCCAAAGGCUGCAGCGGCACCAACACCCGCGUCCAAGGAUUCCUCCAAUCCUUUCGCCUCUUUGUCAACGCCUUCCACGGACCGCCCCAAUCUCUUCGGUACACCAAAGGAGCCUGCUCAAGCCUCCCCAGCGCCAGCAAUGCCAAAUCUCACUGGCGAUGCUGCAAUGUCAAACGGGGAGUCGCAGGCAUCUGAAUUGCCGAAAGUUCCCAAGGUGCAUGUUCCCAAGGAAUGGGCUGUCCCAGGCGCGGUUCGUGUGCAGACCAGCGAUGCAUUGCUCAAGCAGAUUUCGGACUUGACUGCCCAACUUCAGGUCUUGAACGAGAAGUACCGGCAGCAAUUGAUCACCCUUCCUCCGACAGCAGAUUGGUCAAGUGUAUCACUCUGGCACUAUCAGCACGCUACGGAUAUCAAGAAGAAGAUUGACACCGCGAAGAAGCAACGCGCGGUGGCCAGGGGUGUCACUGGCUACGAGUCCAGCCUGUCCACCAAGCGUAAGGUUGAUGAUGAGAGCCCAGAGAUCCGAGACCCCUCUCCAUCCAAGCGAGCUCGUGAAGCACCUGCUAGUCCGACGCCGCAGAAGUCCAACCCUACAGCAACAGCCACGGCAAAUAUGUUUGCAAAGGCUAUUGGCAAUAAACCAUCUACACCCGCGGCACAGUCAUCCACAAGCCUGUUUGCUCCCAAGCCUACUGCCGAGCCUGCCAGUGCGACCAGUGGAGGGAAUGCGUUUGGUUUCACACCCUCAGCACCGACUACUAACGGUGACAAGACCCCAGCUACAUCGUCUGGUUUCAAGCCAAGCUUUGGAGGUGACUCUUCAAGCAAGUCAGAUUCUACUGGCUUCAAACCAAGCUUUGGUAGCGGGUCUACGAGCGCAUCAGGCAGCGGUGGCUUCAAGCCUAACUUUGGUGCUCCUCCAACAUCUGGUGGAGGCUUCAUGGCUCAAUUCCAAAAGACAGCGAAGACCUACGAGCAACUUGCUGCCGAGCGCAAGAAGAAGGCCAUGGAUGAGGACUAUGAUUCGGACGACGAAACUAAGGAAGAGUGGUCAGCUAGAUACGACAAGGCUGAGGCAGAGCGCCUCGCCGAGGAAAAGAAGAAGAUCGCUGCCGCCCCUACCUUUAAAGUUCCGGAUGCCACUGCUCCCAGUGCUGCCAAGCCAACUGCUCCUGCACCCGGUAGUACUUCUCCAAAGGCGAACCCAUUCUCUGGUCUUCUGAAACCGACGAGCGGCACUUCAACGCCAGGUCUUUCGACGCCUAAAGCUGCUAGUCCUGCACCAUCGACCGGUAGUCAGUCAAUUUUCAAGGCUCCCAGCUCCUCCCAAACUCCGACUCCUAACAUAUUCGGACACUUGUCUCCCGCCCCUUCAUCGAACCAUCAAGACGAGUCCGAUGAGGAUGACAAUGAGGAUGCGGGUUCUGCGGAGCCGACAACGCCACCGAAAGCCAAAUUCGGCGAGUCGGAGACGGAAUCUGAAGACACCCAGGAGCCCAAGCAAGACGAAGCCCCCAAGGGAAGCCUUUUUUCAAGGAUCACUCGGGACAACGACUCGGGAUCCGAAAAGGGUAGCACCGGUAGCACGUCUAUCUUCGGAAACACCAACGGAACUACGACCCCUACCAACAAGCCCUUCACGUUCUUCAAUUUCGACGCUGCGUCUAAGACGGCCCCUCCCAAGUCCGACACAUUUGUCGGGGAUCAAACGUUCAAAGCUGGCACUCCCAUCAAGUUCGGCCAAGCUCCUGCUACUGAGAAGAAGGGCGGCCUGCCGCAAUUCUCAUUCUCACCUUCUACGCCGUCACCUGCUGAGUUUUCAACGACACCAGCCAAAGCACCACCUUCGCUCUUCAUCUUUUCUAGUGCCAACUCCGUAAACUCGUCUGUAUUCUCCUCUCGCGCUGGUACGCCCUUGUCUGAAGCCGGCGAAACUAGUGCAGCGUCGGCAGCAGAAGAUGAGGAGGAAGGUGGCAAGCAAGAGCAAAUCGACUUGUCGCAACUCACCGAAGAAGAGAUCAAGGCCUUUGACAUUGUCUUUCACACCGAGGUCGCACUAGCCAAGCACCAGGUUAACAACGCUUGGACCAACCUUGCAAAAGGACCAAUGUGGAUCCUCAAGGACAAGGAGACGGGCAAGUGCUGUGUGCGCGUACGCCUUGCCAGCGGUGCUACACCCCUGAACUAUCAGAUUCUACCCUCCCUGCCGGCUACUGUUACUGGUGGCAGCAAGAAGAUGGUCAUGGCCACCAGGCCUGCAAAGGAAGGCGGCUUGCAAUCACUCUUGUUUGCAGUCAAGACUCCUGAGAUUGCAGCGGAGCUGGCGGCCAAGUACACGGAGUCACUACCUUGA